AUGGCCGACAAACUGCUUAUCAAGCUCGAAAAGCAAUGGGGCAAAAUCAAGUCUCAAUGGAACAAGGUCGAUUCCCUCCAUCGCAUCGUCACCAAUGUCAUCCAGCAUGGAGAAGAUAUUGGUGCUCUUAAGGCAGAGAACACCCUGCUCAAAGAUGAGAACAAGAAGAAAGAACCAAAAAUUCAGCAGAGCUUGGAAUGUCUCAGAAUCAUCAAUGAUUGGGUCUACUUUUACAUCUCCCAUAGGUGCUUAUUAUAA